AUGUGCUAUUUCUGUUCAGCCUACUUCAGGCAUUUCGUUUCAGCUUUUUUUUCUGGUCCUUCUCUCUGUCCUAUUUCUGUUCACUCUACUUCUGUUCAGUCCUUUCGUUUCAGCUUCUUUUCUGGUCCUUUUCUCUGUCCUAUUUCUGUUUACUCUACUUCUGUUCAGUCUCUUCGUUUCAGUUUCUUUUCUGACCAUUCCCUCUGUCCUAUUUCUGUUCAGCCUACUUCUGUUCAGUCCUUUCGUUUCAGCUUCUUUUCUGGUCUUUUUCUCUGUCUUAUUUCUGUUCCACCUACUUCAGUUCAGUCCUUUCGUUUCAGCUUCUUUUCUGGUCUUUUUCUCUGUCUUAUUUCUGUUCAGCCUACCUCUGUUCAGUCCUUUCGUUUCAGCUUCUUUUCUGGUCUUUUUCUCUGUCUUAUUUCUGUUCCACCUACUUCAGUUCAGUCCUUUCGUUUCAGCUUCUUUUCUGGUCUUUUUCUCUGUCUUAUUUCUGUUCAGCCUACCUCUGUUCAGUCCUUUCGUUUCAGCUUCUUUUCUGGUCUUUUUCUCUGUCUUAUUUCUGUCCCACCUACUUCAGUUCAGUCCUUUCGUUUCAGCUUCUUUUCUGGUCUUUUUCUCUGUGUUAUUUCUGUUCAGCCUACCCCUGUUCAGUCCUUUCGUUUCAGCUUCUUUUCUGGUCUUUUUUUUUUUCUCUGUCUUAUUUCUGUUCCACCUACUUCAGUUCAGUCCUUUCGUUUCAGCUUCUUUUCUGGUCUUUUUCUCUGGCUUAUUUCUGUUCAGCCUACCUCUGUUCAGUCCUUUCGUUUCAGCUUCUUUUCUGGUCUUUUUCUCUGUCCUAUUUCUGUUCAGCCUACUUCAGUUCAGUCCUUUCGUUUCAGCUUCUUUCCUGGUCCUUCUCUAUGUGCUCUUUCUGUUCAGCGUACUUCAGUUCAGUCCCUUUGUUUCAGUUUCUUUUCUGACCAUUCUCUCUGUCAUAUUUCUGUUCAGCCUACUUCUCUUCAGUCCUUUCGUUUCAGCUUCUUUUCUGGUCCUUCUCUCUGUCCUAUUUCUGUUCUGCUAUCUGUCACAUCUGUUCAGUUACUCCCGUUCAGUCCCUUCUCUUCAGCGGCUUCUGUUCAUUCCACUUCCGUUCAGUCCCUCUGUUUAGAUUUCUUCCUUUAA